AUGACGGCCCGUUUGGUUUUGGUCAUUGGUGAUCUGUUCAUCCCUGACCGAGCUCCUGAUCUUCCAGCCAAGUUCCGCAAGCUCCUGACCCCCGGCAAGAUCGGCCAGACCCUUUGUCUGGGCAACUUGACUGAUCGCGAGACCUAUGAUUUCCUCCGCGAGGUAGCCCCGGACCUGCAGAUGGUCAAGGGCGAUUACGAUGUCGACUCUCCCAAUCUCCCCCUCUCUAGGAUCGUAAAUCAUGGCAGUAUACGGAUUGGUUUCACCCAUGGCCACACCAUCGUGCCACCCGCAGACGCCGACGCACUGCUCAUCGCGGCCCGCCAAAUGGAUGUCGAUGUCCUGCUGUGGGGCGGUACCCACCGCUUUGAGGCAUUCGAGAUGGAGGGUCGGUUCUUUAUCAACCCGGGAAGCGCAACGGGUGCUAUGAGCUCAGGCUUCUGGCCAGACGGCGAGGAGCCUACACCGAGUUUCUGCCUGAUGGAUGUGAGUUGCCGUGACAGAUUGGAGGAUUGUGUACCUGCUGACCCUGAACAGAUCCAAGGUGAUGUCCUUGUGUUGUAUGUCUAUCAGCUGAAGACCGAUGCCAAUGGGGUGGAAAAUGUGGCUGUUGAGAAGGUCUCCUUCCGCAAGAACCAUCCCCCGGCUUCGUGA